CCGUCACGAGUGGUGAAGUCCGAGGAUCUCUAUGGAAGGCAGUUUGGACGAGGGCAGAUAUUCGGCCGGAUUGAGAUUUCACUCUAUUACGGUGUGAAUGAGAGACAACUUGUGGUUACUGUGAGGCGUGCAUUGGAUUUGCCUCCUCGGCCGGAUGGGACGGCACGCAACCCAUAUGUCAAGUUAUUUCUUCUUCCGGAUCGAAGUGAAAAAAGUCGCCGGCAAUCCGCUGUACUUGUGGAGACCUGCAAGCCCAUAUGGAAUGAACCAUUUUACUAUCACGGACUCACGGAACCAAUGUUAAUGGAUCGUGUCCUUGAAGUCACUGUGUGGGACUACGAUCAGUACGAAACAAAUUCGUUCAUGGGCGAAGUCCUCAUCGAUUUCUCGACUGCACAACUGGACGACGAACCAUUCCUGUACACACUGGUCGAUAUGGAUGAGGAAAAUCCACUUCGAGCGGUUUGCUUAUUACAUUUUCAAAAGUACUCUGCAGAUGACACCGAUUACACUGGCUACGACGCGUUUCUUCCUGUGCCACAACAGCAGCAGCUGAUGCAUCCAAAUUAUGGAAUGCGCCGUUCACGGACAAGCGACCGAAACGGAGUACGAAUUGAGGAAGACUGGACAGUAAACAGUCCAUCCGGUUAUCUAUCUGACCAUGGCUACAGUAAUCCGAUGUCCGUACGGUAUUCUCAACGAGAACGACGGCCACGAUCAGCAACAGCUAUGCGUCCAUGUAACUGCUCACAAAAAUCAAAGUAUUCUAGAUAUAACCGGACCUCAGUAUGGCUGUAUUUGUGGAUUAUGCUAAUACCAGGACUCUCUGGGCAAGCGAACUGA